AUGGCGGGAGAAGGCGUCGUCGUAGAAGCGACUAUCAGUAGCACCACCGAGUCGCUGUUAUCUAGCAGGGUGUCGUAUGCACGUUGCCUCUCCCGCGCUGACGAUGAGCUUAGGAGCUUCCGGUUCUGCCUCAAGUGGAUGUGCGUUGACCAGUCCGACGCUAAGCACGCAGUGGUCUCCUGGUCCAUUUUCCUUCUCCUGAGCAUAUUCGUCCCCAUUGCCUCCCACUUCGUCUUUUCCUGUGCCCCCACCCGUCGCGCUUAUGAUGUGGUGGUUCAACUCUCUCUCAUCUCCGCCUCUAGUCUCUCGUAUCUUUGUCUCUCCGCCUUCGUCCGUCGCUAUGGCCUUCGUCGUUUCCUCUUUCUCGACAAGUUGGUCGGAGCUAGCGAGCGGGUACGGGAGGGCUACAUGGAUCAGCUCAAUCGCUCGUUCCGCUUGCUCUCCGUAUUUGUGAUGCCGUGCUUUGCUGGAGAAGUGACUUAUAAGAUAUGGUGGUAUUCGUCGGGAUCGGAACGGGUGCCGUUCGAGGUAGCAGGUAGCGUCGUGGUGGGCGACGUAAUGGCGUGCGCCCUAGAGCUAGCGAGCUGGAUUUACAGGAUGUCACUGUUCCUCUUCGUGUGCGUUCUUUUCCGGCUGAUGUGCCACCUGCAGAUCCUGAGGCUGCAGGACUUCGCUUCGGUGUUCAGGGAAGGGGGGCCGGAGUCGGAUGUGGCGUCGGUGCUCGGGGAACACCUGAGGAUCCGGCGGCAGCUCAGGAUCAUCAGCCACCGGUACCGGUCGUUCAUCUUGUCCUGCCUCCUGCUGGUCACCGCCAGCCAGCUCGCGACGCUGCUUCUCACCACCCGUCCCCGGGCGGUGGUCAACCUCAACAACGCCGGCGAGCUCGCUUUGUGCUCCAUCGGUCUUGUGACCGGACUACUGAUAUGCCUUCGUAGCGCUGCCAAGAUCACACACAAGGCGCAGGCAAUAACCAGCCAAGCUGCGACAUGGCACGCUUGCGCCACCGUCGAGUCCUUUGACGCCGAGCCUGAGACGUCAUUUCCGCCAAACUGCAGCUCCGGCGACGAGUCUGAUGACGACGAUGACAAGGAUGGGGACGUCUUGGAUGUCAGAAAGAUGAUGCCUUCCAACAUUAACACCAUCUCCUUUCAAAAAAGACAGGCAUUGGUGACAUACUUGGAGAACAACAGGGCAGGGAUCACGGUGUUCGGCUUCGUCGUCGACAGGGCGUGGCUUCAUGCCUUGUUCAUGAUCGAAUUCUCUCUAGUAAUGUGGUUGCUGGGGAAAACAGUGGGGAUCUCCUAG